AAUCCCCCUUCGUGCCCAAAAGGUGGGCUCCCCCACCAACGGAACAGCCCACAACAAUUCCGUGACCCCCCUCUCCCUCUCUCUGCAAUGGCACGAGCUGGGGCGAGCUGACCCCGCCGUCGGCGACAGCCCUCCGCCGCCGGAGCGACGCGGGUAGAUUCAGCAGCUGCCCAGCGAAUGCCCAUGGAGGAGUGGUGCUAAGGCUGCGAGAUUUGGGGGCGGAGGCCGCGGCCUAUGCUUAGGGCGGCGAGGGGGAUAUUCGCCGACGUCGCCGGAGAUUUAGCGGAGGGCCUCGUCCCCGUGUGGGAGCUCCUGGCAAUGGCCGCCGGUGGCGGCUGCGGCGGCGGCUGCGAAGAAGAAGAAGAAGCCAAGUACAACUCGUACAAGGCGCCGGGGCUGCGAGGCGCCAUACUGGAGGCGGCGCACGUCUCGUGCCUCGGGGACCGCUAUGCGCUGGGGGACCAGCUCGGUUGGGGCCAGUUCGGCGUCAUCCGGUCCUGCUCCGACUUGGUCACCGGCGAGGCGCUGGCCUGCAAGUCCAUCGCCAAGGACCGCCUCGCGUCCCCCGACGACGUGCGCGGGGUCAAGCUCGAGAUCGAGGUCAUGGCGCGCCUCUCGGGCCACCCGAACGUCGUUGACCUCAAGGCGGUGUACGAGGACGAAGACUCCGUGCACCUCGUCAUGGAACUCUGCGCCGGCGGGGAGCUCUUCCACCGCCUCGAGGAGCGCGGCUGCUUCCCAGAACAUGAGGCCGCAUUGCUCUUCAGGCACCUCAUGGAGGUUGUGGCACAUUGUCAUAGCAAAGGGAUAGUUCACCGGGACCUCAAGCCGGAGAACAUCCUCCUUGUCAGUAAAUCGCCGUCCUCGGCAAUCAAACUCGCGGACUUUGGCCUCGCCACCUAUACCCAGCCUGGCCGAAGCUUGAGCGGCACGGUAGGAAGUCCGUUUUACAUUGCACCGGAGGUGCUCUCUGGUGGGUACACUGAGGCUGCCGAUGUGUGGAGCUCUGGGGUUAUACUGUACAUCCUCUUGAGCGGCAUCCCGCCAUUCUGGGGGAAAACAAAGUCCAAGAUAUUCGAGUGUAUCAGGUCGACAGAGCUGCGGUUCCCUUCAGUUCCCUGGAAUAAGGUCUCUGGUUCAGCCAAGGAGCUGAUCGCCGGGAUGCUGCGGCGUGAUCCUAGACAAAGGCUCACAGCCGAGCAAGUUCUAGAGCAUUCCUGGAUACAAGAACACUCGGACGAGUCGCGAGAUUCCUGCGGCCAUUGCCACGAGAUCAGCCUCAGGAGGGAGGAUCCCGGGGCGUGCUCGUUCUCCAUGCCGCUGGUGCCACACAGCCGCGAUGUGAGCUUCAACACAGGUGGCCCAGUCACCUGCCAGAGCCUGUUGGAAAACCCCUGCUCUCCCACAUUCGCCUGCAGGUCAUCCUUCUCUGCAUUCUCCGCUGCUGAUGCUCCAGCUCCAUCUUGUGCGGCUUCAGGAUUCUCAUUCAGCAGCGACCCUGAGUCGGAGAAGGACGCCGUCUUCCCGUCGCCCGUGGUGUCGAUGCCGAGCUUUUCAUUCUUCUGUGCUCCAGGAUCCGAAGAGCCUGACCAAUCACCGUCAGGAAACAACAGCUCGGGCGAGAAGAAGGUUCCUUCUGACGAUGCCACCACCGCGGCAGGUCUUGCUGCCACAUCCUCACAAGAUACAAGGACUGCAGAGCCUACCAGCUCUCUAGGGGCGGCGAGGAGGGGGAACCCUUCGACGUCGUUGUCCCGGCUGGUUGUCGGGGGCAGGAGGAACCACACCUUCGGCGCCAGCGAGCGGGAGCACCUAGAGGCGGCGGUGUCCGAGUCAGUGAUUCGCUGGGCAUCGUGCACCCACCUGCCCACUGCGCACUCUCUCCGGGCCUCGCUCGUCUGCUAGCUCGCCGCCAGGAUGCCUCGGUUGUCUUGUACUAUCUAUGCUUGCACUGCCAUGCAAUGCAAGCUGGUCAGAUGAAAUGAGAGAUUAGUGUCAUUGUCAGUUGUUACUGGUAGAGGAAUGUAACUUGGACCUGAUCAUCAUAUCUAUAAUCUUAUAUAUUCUUAUAGCAGAUAGAUUACCUGGUGCUUGUACUCUGUCGCCUCAAACCGUUUGGAAUACAGGAAUUUUUGUGCGAAAA